GCCUCGGCGAUGUUCUCGGCGAAGAAACGGGCGAGCAUGACGUGGGGUUCCUCCUCCACCUGCUUCACCCCAUGCGCUGGCCUUAAGAUCGACUUGGAUCUCCCCAGCAGGCGAGCCCACCGGGGCCCGGGUGAUUCACCGACCGGUUCCGGUGCCGAUAUACCGGCUCCGGCGCUAGGAAAGAGCUGGUUGACAAUUGGCAUCACAUUGCUCAUGCGAUUGCGUAUCAAUGAAGCCGUGAUUGGUGCGUGGCCGCAUCUCUCGGACAGCCAACCAACGGGUUCCUUAACAUUGAACAUCAUUCAUUCAACCCAAUGGUACCGGGAGAUAAAUAGACCGGAAUUAGAGCAAUCAGGGAGUAAUUGGGUAUCUCUACCCUCCUCUCAUAAGCUGCUCUCCGACCAAACCUCGCUUCAUUCUUGUCCGAAAAUGGCGGGGUCUCAUGGCGGACGCGGUGGUCCCGAGCCACGUGAUGUUUCUCGCGCUUGCUUGUGGUCAAGGAACCCCCGAUGCUAAGGUGACUAGCACAAUCUGAUCGAGUGGCUACCUAAGAAUCAAUUAAGCGCAACCAACCAAGGUACCUAGAUUCUGUUUUGUCCACGAAUCAGUAACAGGUAUUAAGAUAGCCA